CCGUUUUGUCUUCUUUUAUGGUCUGCGCCAACUCGAUCACCGUUCUUGAGUAGGCCGACGGACUGAGACGGCACCACCUGCUCGUCGCACAGAACCUCCUCGUCGUCAGACGUUAGAUUCCACAUCAGAAAGGCCGAAUCCCGCCGGCCGCCGCUGCCUCGCCGACCGUUCUGGCUCCAGUUGCUCUACCUCUUCGCCAGGGAUGGUGGACAGCGACAGUCCCUGGCCCGGCACGCGUUGCAUCAAGGCCGACUGCACCUGUCAAGCAAAGCCUGUUCGUGGAAACGUCCUCAAGCAGAAGCAGUCCUAGGGAUGGACGGUUAACGUGUUCGACGUUGACAUGCACGUACGUAUUGCUGGAUGCUCUGUGGCGCUAUUGCUGGAGAGGCAGGAGGAGAGCGGCGCCUGUAUUUUCAGCUCUCGUCACCCCACUCUGGAAACAAACAAGAAUUUGCACCAACCGAGCACAUACGCUGGUUGUGGUUGAAUUCUUCAAUUUGUUAUUUGUCUUAAAUUAACACGGUGUCGUUUCACCCAAUUCAUUAUUGAGACUGGGACAUCUCACCUUCUUCUUUUGUCUUUUUAGUUGACCUGACUCUUCUAACUCAUCGCCCAUCCCUUUCUGGCUUUUUCGAAUUCUUGUCGCUAAGGAUAAUAUAUGUCGGUUUUAGUGAGGACGUACAGAAAAAUGUCAACGCCGCGUUAGAACCAAAAUCAAAGAAGGUCACUGCAGACCUGAAGCCUAGCAACUAAGUUGUGCCUAAAAGGUCUCUUCAGCCAAAACCCCGCAAGCUCAGUUUUCCAUUGAGAAGAUGCCUGGAGAUUGCAGGGUGGACAGCUGUUGAUGAGGUUCCGAGGAGGACUAUAUGGCAUACUGAAGAUCCAAUCAGUAAAGAAACAUAUAUUUUUAUCCUUCAGCCUUUGAAACAAGAACAGAGAGGUUUUCUCGCAAAGAAGCGCUUCAGGAGCCCAAAAGUCUGCACAUCAUAUUUUUCUGCCUCUUCUAACUUCUAAGUGGGACUUCUGAAGGCUGGACCGCUGAACGCAUGACCAGUACAAAACGGCAUAGCUUCUUUUUCUUUAUUCUUCUCUUUCAGAGGCUUUGGUGAGAGUUAUCAACAUCUCUUCUGUAUCAGAUGUUAUCAAGAUUUCUAUUGUCGGAAUUUUUACUACUGGCAUAACAUGGAUCUGCCAGAAAAUGAGCUACAAAGAUACAUAAAGGACAAUGGCAAACCAAUGUGGACAGCACAUAACAAUCACAACAUAAGGUAUUUCAAAGAAGAAGAUAUAAGAAUAAUCACUAACAACUAUAACACUUUCCUUGGGAAAGGGGCAUUUGGAGAAGUUUAUAAAGGGGUUCUUGAUGAUAACAGUUUAGUUGCUGUAAAGAAGUACAUCCAUAAUGUAAAGGAGGACUUUGCCAAAGAAGUGAUUGUCCAUUGCCAAAUCAAUCACCGGAAUGUAGUUAGACUCAUUGGUUAUUGUAUAGGUGAAAAUGCACUAAUGAUGGUGACUGAAUAUAUCUCUAGAGGAAACCUCAGUGAUAUUCUUCACUCCAGUGAAAUUUCUAUAUCUUUGGAAACACGAUUGAGUAUUGCUAUAGGGUGUGCAGAAGCAUUAAGCUAUAUGCAUUCGCAAAUGUAUGGGAAAGUCAUCCAUGGAGACAUUAAGCCUGCCAACAUACUUCUCGAUGACAACCUCACUGCAAAAAUAUCAGACUUUGGGAUAUCAAAGUUACUUUCAACGGAUAAUACCUUAUACACCACACAUGUACUGGGGAGCAUAGGGUAUAUGGAUCCUUUGUUUGCACGGAGCGGACGCCUCACCUCAAAGAGUGAUGUUUAUAGUUUUGGAGUUGUUCUCUUGGAACUGAUUACAAGAAGAAAGGCUGUCGAUGGUGGUCAAAUUAGCCUUACUGAAAACUUCACUCAAGCUCUAGCGAAACGGAAUAAGAUACGGGAAUUUUAUGAUGUAAAAGUUGCAGAUGAGAACAGUUUGAGGAUUCUUGAUGGAAUUGGGAAACUAGCAGCAAAAUGCUUAGCAAUGGAAAUAGAGAAACGUCCAGAAAUGAAAGAUGUUGCAGAACAGCUUCGGAUGUUUAGAAAAACUCAAUAUCAGUCACAAGAAAAAAUAUUUUUCUUUGGCUGGGUACGGAGAAGCAAACAGCCACCCCAAAAUAUGGUCCAGAUUCACAAAAAUCGUGGAAAUCAAGUUCUUAAAGCGGAGGUACAAACACAGGAAGUCAGUAAAGUAGAUAAAGAUGUUCAUAAUGUCACAGUAGUGAGAGAUAGGAGUUCAAAACUUUACAGCUUUGGUUCAUCGCAGGGGAUAGAAUUAGAAAAGCUGUUGGAAGCAUCUGCCGAGGUUCUUGGGAAAGGCAAGUAUGGAACAACAUACAAGACUACACUGCAUGAUGGUUCCACGUUAAUUAUAAAGAGACUGAAGACUCUAGACGUGCCAGAGGCAGUGUUCAAGAAACGAAUAGUAGCAAUAGGAACAAUUGAGCAUGAGCUUGUAGUCCCACUACGUCAGUACUACUACAGCAAGGAUGAGAAGCUACUGGUGUAUGAUUAUUUUCCCAAUGGUAGCCUAGCUUCAAAUCUUCAUGGAAAAGAUGUGAAGCCAGUAGGCUGGGAGACUCGGUCUGCCAUUGCACUCUCUGUAGCUCGUGCUGUUGCCUUCAUCCACUCAACCAAUGCUGCAGCUUCCCAUGGCAACAUCAGCUCCUCCAACGUUCUUCUCACCAGUAACUACGAGGGACUUGUCUCAGAACACGGCCUCAAAACUCUUGUCAGUAUCCCAACGUUACUUGCUGACAACAACAUUGCACAAAAGGAUGAUGUGUACAGUUUUGGCGUCAUACUGCUUGAGAUGCUCACAAGCAAGUCACCAAUCGUCACAGACGAGCCAGAUUUGGUCGAUUGGGUUUUAUCAAUACCCCAUGAGCACUGGGCAACACAAGCAUUCGAUAAGAAGCUCCUUACAAACAAAACUGUGGUAGAGGAGCUGGUUCAGUUUCUCAAACUUGCAAUUCAUUGCUGUGACAAGAACCCCACAAUGAGACCAGCAAUGGCAGAAGUUGUUCAACGGAUUGAGGGGAUACGACGUUUCUACAGCUGGGAAUAGGCACCUUAUGUGGAACAGCAGUGCAGGUUGAGAGGAACAAACUUUGAGCCAAGGAACACGAGGAUACAAAUUUUACUGUGAGCAUACACUACUGUUACAAGCAUUUCUUGUUGUCUGAAAAAGACACUCACGUUCCAUCACUUGGUUGUUUGCGAUACCGUUUCCGUUUGAAAUAUAGAGCCCUUUUUCACCAACAUUUUGUUCUAGUACACAUGACACAUAUUGUAUAUUGAGGGUGCUAUUUUGUUGCAAUUAUGUCAGGGACGUGACAAACCGACUUAGUUCUAUGGAAGCGGGAAGAUGUGAUUCAUUUGUAAUCCAUUUGUGUGUUUGGACCCUAUGAUGGUCGUAUUAGUAGUGGGCCGUAUUGGCCUAGUGUUGUAAUACAAAUACUGGACAAGUAGUGAAGAAAGACAGAAAAAUAGAAUAUCGAAAAUUACACAUACCUGUUUUCUCA